CAUCCCAACACUUCUAAAACCCUAGCUAGGUCAUAAGAAAUCCGCAAGAUCUUUGUGGAUUUCGGUUAACAGAGAUGUUUCCUUCAUCCAAUUUCUCUUUAUCACCAUCGUCGCUGUUCUCAGCGUACGCAUCCUUAACCGGAUUCUUGAUGCUCUUUAGAUCUUUGUUCAAUGAUAUCGUACCAGAGAGGCUCCGAUCAUACAUCACCGACUUACUUAACCGGUUCUUCACUCCGAAAUCAAAGAAUCUGACUAUGGUUAUCGACGAGAUGAUCGGAUAUAAGAGGAACCAAGUUUUUGACGCGGCAGAGGUCUACCUCCGGAACAAAAUCGGACCGGAGACAGCGCGUUUACGAGUAGGUAAACUCCCAAAGCAUAAGCACUUCACAAUCUCGAUCGAGAAAGGCGAAGAGAUCUUGGAUACUUUUGAGAAUUGCGAGCUGAGAUGGACUUACAUUGAAUCAGAGAACGAGACAAGCAGAAAAGAGAAACGUUACUACGAGCUCACAUUCGAAAAGAAGCUUAGAGACAAAGUUAUGAACUCUUAUUUGAGCCACGUUGUAGCCGAAUCCGAGGAGAUUAAGAGGAAUCUGAGAGCGGUGAAGCUUUAUAGCAAAGAUGUGCGUGCGAGCAAAGAUGAUGAUGGAAUGGCUGGUGGGAAUUGGGGAUGUAUCAAUCUCGAGCAUCCGUCGACGUUUGAUACAUUGGCGAUGGACCCGGGUGCGAAGAAGAAGAUUAUCGAUGAUUUGGAGAGGUUUUUGAAGAGGAGAGAGUUUUACAAGAGAGUUGGUAAAGCUUGGAAACGAGGUUACUUGUUGUAUGGUCCUCCAGGAACUGGUAAAUCGAGUUUGAUUGCUGCUAUGGCUAAUUACUUAAAGUUUGAUGUGUUUGAUCUUGAUCUUAGUAGUAUUUAUGACAAUGCUCAACUAAAGAGCAUCUUGUUAUCAACCACGAAUCGUUCGAUUUUGGUUAUUGAGGAUAUUGAUUGUAGUAGUGCCGAGGUGGUAGAUAGGGAAGCUGAUGAGUAUCAAGAAUACGAAGAGGGUUAUUAUGGAAAGGUGACUCUAUCAGGGCUUUUGAAUUUCAUUGAUGGGUUAUGGUCAAGUUUUGGCGAUGAGAGAAUCAUCGUGUUCACGACGAAUCACAAAGAACGGCUUGACCCUGCUCUGUUACGUCCUGGAAGAAUGGAUGUGCAUAUCAACAUGUCUUAUUGUACUGGUCUAGGGUUUAGGACAUUGGUCUCUAACUAUCUCGGUUUAGAUGGCUUAAACCAUCCUCUCUGCCAAGAAAUCGAGGCGUUGAUCGAUUCUACUGAAGUUACUCCUGCUGAGUUAGCUGAAGAGCUAAUGCAAGAUGAUGAUACUGAUGUUGUUCUUCGUGGAGUAGUUAGCUUUGUUGAGAAUAGAAAGUUCGAGACAACCAAAACCAAGGAGCUGGAGGACGAAAAACACAAUGUUUCUUCUACGAAUGGAUCGAAGAAGAAAAAAGCAUCGUCGAUGUUCACAGCGUACGCAUCCUUAAUCGGAUUCUUGAUGCUCUUUAGAUCGAUGCUCAAUGACAUCGUACCAAAGAAGCUCCGAUCUUACAUCUUUGACUUACUCGACCGUUUCUUCACCCCGAAAUCGAAGAAUCUCACUUUGAUUAUCGACGAGAUGGUCCGAUAUAAGAGGAACCAAGUUUUUGACGCGGCGGAGAUGUACCUCCGUAACAAGAUCGGACCCGAGACAUCACGUUUACGAGUCGGUAAGCUCCCUAUGCAGAAGCACUUGACAAUCUCGAUCGAGAAAGGCGAAGAGAUCUUGGAUACUUUCGACAACUCUGAGGUGAGAUGGAGUUUCGUUGAAACAGAGAACGAGAAAACAGAGAAAGUGAAACGUCACUACGAGAUCACAUUCGAGAAGAAGCUUAGAGACAAAAUCAUCAACUUUUAUUUAAACCAUGUUUUAGCCCAAGGGGAUGAGAUUAAGCAGAAUCUGAGAGUGGUGAAGCUUUAUAGCCGAGAUGUUGGUAGGACCGAUGACGACAGUGGAAUGGCUGGUUCGGAUUGGGGAUGUAUAAAUCUUGAACAUCCUUCCACGUUCGAUACAUUGGCGAUGGAUCCGGGCGCGAAGAAGAAGAUCAUCGAUGAUUUGGAGAGGUUUUUGAAGAGGAGAGAGUUUUAUAAGAGAGUUGGUAAAGCUUGGAAACGAGGUUACUUGUUGUAUGGACCUCCAGGAACUGGUAAAUCGAGUUUGAUUGCUGCGAUGGCUAACUACUUAAAGUUUGAUGUGUUUGAUCUCGAUCUUAGUAGUAUUCAUGACAACUCUGACCUCAAGAGUGUCUUGUUAUCAACCACGAAUCGUUCGAUUUUGGUUAUUGAGGAUAUCGAUUGUAGUGCCGAGGUGAUAGAUAGAGAGGCUGAUUCUGAUCAAGAAGACGAAGAGAGUAAUGGAAAGGUGACUCUAUCAGGGAUUCUGAAUUUCAUUGAUGGGUUAUGGUCGAGUUUUGGGGACGAGAGAAUCAUCGUGUUCACGACGAAUCACAAAGAACGGCUUGAUCCUGCUCUGUUACGUCCUGGAAGAAUGGAUGUGCAUAUCAACAUGUCUUAUUGUACAGGUUUAGGAUUUAGGACAUUGGUCUCUAAUUACCUAGGGUUAGAUGGCUUAAACCAUCCUCUUUGUGAGGAAAUCGAGGCGCUGAUCGAUUCUACUGAAGUUACUCCAGCUGAGUUAGCGGAAGAGCUGAUGCAAGACGAUGAUACUGAUGUUGUUCUUCGUGGAGUAGUUAGCUUUGUUGAGAAGAGGAAGGCUGAGAGAAGCAAGACAAAUCUUGACGUAUGUGUUUUGGAGAGACCCAAUGUGUGUUCUUUUAAAAAGAGGAGUUGCUCCAAGUUGAGUUGUUCCUUGACGAAGAAGAGAAGAAGUAGCAAAGUGAUGUCCGUGGAGAUCUUUGAGGAUGAGCAUGACGCGGAGGAGGUAAAGGCGGUUGAUGCAUUCCGCCAAGCGCUUAUUCUCGAUGAACUACUUCCGGACAAACAUGAUGAUUACCAUAUGAUGCUUAGGUUUUUGAAGGCUAGAAAAUUUGAUCUUGAGAAAACCAAACAAAUGUGGUCUGACAUGCUCCGAUGGAGGAAGGAGUUUGGUGCUGACACAGUUAUGGAGGAUUUUGAAUUUAAGGAAAUAGAUGAAGUGUUGAAAUACUACCCUCAAGGACACCAUGGAGUCGACAAGGAAGGAAGACCAGUGUACAUUGAGAGGCUAGGUCAAGUAGACUCUACCAAGUUGAUGCAAGUCACAACCAUGGAUAGAUAUGUGAACUACCAUGUGAUGGAGUUUGAGAGGACUUUCAAUGUUAAGUUCCCAGCAUGCUCCAUCGCGGCAAAGAAGCACAUUGAUCAAAGUACAACAAUUCUUGAUGUCCAAGGAGUGGGGCUCAAAAACUUCAACAAGGCAGCAAGGGAUUUGAUUACACGUCUUCAAAAGGUCGAUGGCGACAACUAUCCAGAGACCUUGAACAGGAUGUUUAUCAUCAAUGCUGGCUCAGGAUUCAGGAUGUUGUGGAACACGGUUAAGUCCUUCCUUGACCCAAAGACUACAGCAAAGAUCCAUGUUCUUGGCAACAAGUACCAAAGCAAGUUGCUUGAAAUAAUUGAUGCUAGUGAGCUGCCUGAGUUUCUGGGAGGUUCUUGUACUUGUGCUGACAAUGGAGGUUGCAUGCGCUCAGACAAAGGGCCAUGGAACAAUCCAUAUAUUAUGAAGAGAGUUAAUAAUGGUGACCACAAGUGCUCAAAGAGAUCUCAAGCUGAAAAUGCUGCAGAGAAUACUAUCUCUCAGGGAAAUGACUCUGCAGUUGAGGAAGCUCCUGAAACUGACCAGUCACAGCUCUCUCCUUGUCAAAAUGUUGUGGUUGCUCAUCCAGCUUGGAACAUACCAGAAGCUCACAAAUUUUCCCUCUCAAAAAGGGAUGUUUACGCUAUUCAAGAAGCAUGCAAAGCUACAAAUGAAAGUGGGAGGUCUCCUAUUUUCACUGGAGUCAUGGCUUUUGUAAUGGGUGUAGUCACCAUGAUUAAAGUGACUAAAAACGUACCAAGGAAGCUAACCGAGUCAACCAUAUACUCUAGACCAGUUUACUGCGACGACAAUUCGAUGAACAAAAGCUCGAUGCAUGCGGGGAAAAUGGCAGCAACAACCAUCUCAGGGGAUGAUUUCAUGGCGGUCAUGAAACGAAUGGCUGAGCUUGAGCAGAAAGUCACAAUAUUGAGUGCACAGCCAAUAACUAUGCCUCCUGAAAAGGAAGAGAUGCUUAAUGAUGCCAUUAGCCGAGCCGAUUUCUUGGAACAAGAACUUGCUGCAACCAAGAAGGCUCUUGAUGAUUCUCUUGGCCGACAAGAGGACCUUGUGGCAUACAUUGAGAGAAAGAAGAAGAAGAAGAAGCUGGUUCGUGUUCAAAUUCACUUGGUGAGAGAGGAAUAUGAGGAAGAAGAAGCCUCUAGUGGAGUUACAGGUCGCCAAUGCACUCAUAGAGAAAUGGCGAUGUUAGUUGAGCCACCAAAUGGGAUUAAACAACAAGGGAAACAUUACUACUCAAUGUGGCAAACAUUGUUCGAAAUCGAUACUAAGUAUGUUCCAAUUAAACCUAUUGGAAGAGGAGCUUAUGGUGUGGUUUGUUCUUCAAUCAAUCGUGAGACUAAUGAGAGAGUUGCUAUUAAAAAGAUUCACAAUGUGUUUGAGAAUCGUGUUGAUGCUUUGAGAACGUUGAGGGAACUUAAGCUUCUUAGGCAUGUGAGGCACGAGAAUGUUAUCGCGCUUAAAGAUGUUAUGUUGCCUUCUAAUAGAUCCAGUUUUAAAGAUGUUUAUUUGGUUUAUGAGCUAAUGGAUACUGAUCUUCAUCAGAUCAUUAAAUCCUCUCAGCCUCUUUCUGAUGAUCACUGCAAAUACUUCUUGUUUCAGUUGCUUAGAGGAUUGAACCAACAAGAAUCGGAUAUUCGGUUCAUAGACAACCCGAAAGCUCGAAGGUUUAUAAAGUCUCUUCCUUUCUCAAGAGGAACUCAUCUCUCCAAUCUCUACCCGCAAGCCAAUCCUCUAGCUAUAGAUUUGUUACAGAGGAUGCUCGUGUUCGAUCCAACGAAAAGAAUCUCGGUAACCGAUGCACUCUUACACCCGUACAUGGCGGGGCUGUUUGAUCCUGGAUCCAAUCCACCUGCACAUGUCCCAAUCUCUCUGGACAUAGACGAAAACAUGGAGGAACCAAUGAUCAGAGAGAUGAUGUGGAAUGAGAUGCUUUAUUACCACCCUGAAGCUGAAAUCGCAAACACCUAAAUCAUCCAUCAAGAGUAAGUUUUUUUUUCUUCCAGUUUUCUUCUUUUUAAAAUGCAGCUUUGAUGUUAUGUUGUUAUAUAGCGAGUCCACAAACAUCUGGUUUGAUUUAGUUGCAGUGAGUGAGUAGUAGUAACAAAGUUUGAAAAGUGGCUCUCAGUAUCUUACCACUUUGUAAAUGUGACUGUUUGUUACUAAAGUAAGUUAAGGCUUGUUUUUGUUACAUUAUCUUUGAGUUGAUGAGUUUACUUCAGAUUUUCAGACCAAAAAUCUUCUAUUUUGUAUAGCUUUGCCAUUGCCCACUUGCCAGCCCCACGAAAUAAUUGUUUAAAUAAAAGUGUAGAUGUUAU